AUGGGGAUGGGGCCGAUGGGGUUGGUGGGAGGGGGAGGCAUGGUGCGUGCACCUCUGGGUAUGGACAGCCAAGCUAUGGCCUGCUCCAGCUCCUUUGGGGAUUCCCUUGCUUCUCUGGGGCUUGACUGGGAGGACGGGCGCGACGGGGAUGCAGAGGGGUUGGGAGAGGUGGAGAGUGGUUUCAGGAGUGUGAGAGAGGCAGUUGGUGGAGAAGGCGAGGAGGAGAGAGGUGGGGGUGGGUUGAGAGGGGAAGGUGGAGGGGCGGGUGGAGGGGUGGGUGGGGAGAUGGGUGAGCAGGAUGAGGAUGGGCGCGGGCGAGGGAGAGGCGAUGCUGCGGUGGAUGCAGAUGGCAAUGGUUCACAUGCUUGGUGCGUUCUUCCACUCUUCCAUCCUUCUACUCUUCCAUCCUUCCACUCUUCCAUCCUUCCGUUCUUCCAUCCUUCCGUUCAUUCGUUCUUCCAGUUCCCCGUCCUUCCAGUCCUCCGUUCAUCCAUUCUUCCUGAAUGCUUCACUGCACGGGCGCAGCUGAAUCCCGAGUGGAGGACGUAUCGGCACAGCAUUGAGUGGCGCUGCCGCUGGCUUGAGCUGCGAAUGGCAGAGCUCAAACGCAGAGAGCAACGCUACUGCACCUUUCUGCACCGCACUAAAUUGCACCGAGCCUCUCUGCUGCAGCAGCCCAGACAGCAGCAGCAGCAGGAGGAGGGGGCUGUGGCUGCAACAACAACAGCAGCAGCAACAUCAACAACAGCAACAGCAGCAGCAGAAACAGCAGCAGCAGCAGCAGCAGCAGCAGCAGCAGCAGCAGCAGCAGCAGCAGCAGCAGCAGCAGCAGCAGCAGCAGCAGCAGCAGCAGCAGCAGCAGCAGCAGCAGCAGCAGCAGCAGCAGCAGCAGCAGCAGCAGCAGCAGCAGCAGCAGCAGCAGCAGCAGCAGCAGCAGCAGCAGCAGCAGCAGCAGCAGCAGCAGCAGCAGCAGCAGCAGCAGCAGCAGCAGCAGCAGCAGCAGCAGCAGCAGCAGCAGCAGCAGCAGCAGCAGCAGCAGCAGCAGCAGCAGCAGCAGCAGCAGCAGCAGCAGCAGCAGCAGCAGCAGCAGCAGCAGCAGCAGCAGCAGCAGCAGCAGCAGCAGCAGCAGCAGCAGCAGCAGCAGCAGCAGCAGCAGCAGCAGCAGCAGCAGCAGCAGCAGCAGCAGCAGCAGCAGCAGCAGCAGCAGCAGCAGCAGCAGCAGCAGCGGCGGCGGCAACAGCAACAGCAGCAGCCGCAACAGCAGCAACAGCAACAGCAACAGCACCAGCAGCAACGGCAGCAACAGCAGCACCAGCAGCAACAGCAUAUACAACAGCAGCACCAGCACCAGCAGUCCCCCGUGCUUCCUCUGCUCCCUCUCACCCUCCCAACCCGCUGCCUCCUCCUCCCGCCUCCCCCACUACCACCCUUUCCACGGCCCCGUCUCCCUCCCUUGCCUCUGCCUCCACCUCUGUGCGUGCCGCUACUGCACCAGUUCCUGUGCCUCUUACCGCAAUAGCAGCACCAACAGCAGCUGCCGCUGCGGCAGCAGGUGAGGGUGCAUCGGCAGUAGUUCCAGAGGCAGGUGCGGCUAUUCUUAGGGCAGACAACCGGGACAGCAGAGAGAGCACCAGGCUGGGCGAAAGCAGAGGGAGUGCGUGGCAGGGCGCUGGGGGAGGAUCGAAUGCGGGGGAACAAGGGGGCGAUUCGAAAGGGCGAGGGGGAGGUGGAGGGAAGGAGGUGGAGGAGGCAGCAGCAGGGAGAAGGGGGGCAGGGGCAGCAGGGGCAGAAGGGGCAGCAGGGGGGGACCAUGGGUCGGCGCGGACAGGGUUGGCGUUUGUGGGGCGGGAGAGGGGGCGGCGGGGGGUGAAGCGAGUGAUGGUGCGCGUGCCGCAUGUGCGGGCGGAGAUGGCAUACAACGUGGAUGAGUACCUGGCCAAGCACCCCCUCUUCUCCCGAUACGGUGCGUGUGCCCUCCUGCUUGUUCCUGCCCAAGCACCCCCACCUCCCUGCCCAAGCACCCGCUCUUCUCACGAUACGGUGCACAUGCUCAUGAGCAUUUCCCUGCUCCUCCACACAUAUUCCCGACUCUCCCCUCUCCCCCUCCCUCCCCCCACUCCCCCCACUCCCCCACCUCUCUUUCCGUCUCCCUCAGACGACUCAUUUGAGUCGUUUCUUGCUCUUGAUUUCAAAGAGAAGCGGGUGCGAGGGGAGGAGCGUUACCCUGGGCUGUUGAGCACACACGGCGCCCCCGCACACUCCUUCCCCCUCGUGCCUUCCCACUCGCCCUUCCACACCUCCCCCCCAUCAUGCCUCCCACAUGCCUCCCAGAUGCACCCUGUGCGGGUGCGUGCACUUUCUGCCCAGCUCCUGCGAUCUGCCUCGUCGGCUCCCACCGCCCCCUCCAACCUGCCACUCACUGCUGCCGCUCGUGCUGGUGGUGGUGGUGGUGGUGGUGGUGGUGCUGUUGCUACCGCCACACCGCACCAAGCAGCAGCGGCAGCAGCAGCAGCAGGGGUAGCAGGGGUGCGGGGGCCAGGGGCAGCUGCACGUCAUACCGCAUCAGCACCUGUAUCAGCUCCCAGACCCACCACCGCAGCAGCUGCAGCACCAGCAGCAGCAGCAGCAGCUGCCGCCACUCGUGCUGUGGGUGGCAGUGCUGCUGCUACUCCAAUCCCCCUCCCACCUCCUCCCAUCCCUGCCGUUUCCUCCUCAAAAACCGUUUCAUCUGCCCGUUCUGCUCCGAUCCAAUCAGACGGGUCUUUUCGCCUGGGCAGGGAUGGGGCAGGGCGGGAGGAGCAGGAGGAAGCAGAUGGUGGCGACGCGUUUUCUGCAAAGCGGGACCCUCAGGGGAAGGGCCGAACGCAUGCCACUGCGGUUGCAGCAGCAGCCACUGCAGCUGCAGAAGCAGCAGCCUCUGCCGCAGCAGCAGCAGCAGCUGGUGCUGCUGGUGGUGGUGGUGCUGGGAGGCCAAUAAGUGCAGCUGCUCCUGCUGCUCCUGCUGCUGCUGCUGCCGUUAACAAACACCCGGUAGCACCAGCCGCAGCUGCUGCCGCCGUUGCUGCUGGUGGGGGUGGGGUAAGCAGUCAUGUACGAGCGUUACCAGGUGCAGAAGCAACACCGGGAGCAAGAGCAGCAGCAGGAGCAGGAGCAACAGGAGCAGCAGGCGAGAAGGGAGGCAGUGGGGACUCAGCAUUACGAGCUGCAGCAGAAUCAGACGCCCCUUCCUCCUCUGCUGCCGCCGCCGCCGCCGCGGCCGCGGCCGCCGCUGCAGCCGCCGCGGCUGCGGCAGCGGCAGCAGCAGCAGAGGAAGCAGCAGCGCAUGAGAGUGGGUAUAUGGACGGGCAGGAGCUGGGGGUAGAGCUAGAGGUCCAUGGGGAACUGGAGCUGGGGCUGGGCGGGCUUGGGGAUGCUUUUGCUCUAGAAGGGUUGCUAGACUUUGAUUUAGAUGAUCUGGUGCUGCCGCUGCUGCUGCCGCCUGCUGGGAGGAGGCAGAGGAGACGAAGAGGGGGUGAAGGAGGGGCAGAUGGGGAUGGGGAUGGGGAUGGGGAUGGGGAGGAGGACGUGGAGGAGGGAGAGGAGGAGGAGGAGGAGGGUGAGGGUGAGGAGGAGGUGGGAGGGGAAGGGAGUGGGGAAGGGGAGGAGCGGAAGGAGAGAGGGAUGGGAGGGGAAGGGGUUGGGGGAUUGGGAGAGGGGCGGAUGGGGGGGGUUGGGUUUGGGGGAGGGGUGGAGGGGAGGUUGAGGUACCAUGAGAUUAUUGACAUUCCGCGGUGGAGAGUGGUUGUGAGGGGCGUGAGGAGGGAGUGGAGAGCGGGGCAGGGGGGAAGACGGGGCGAUGUGAUUGGUGCGCAGCAACAGACUGUUGGUGCAGACGGGUCAAUGGCAGUGGGGGGACCGGAGGAAGGACGGGAGGGUGGGCAGGAGGGAGGGCAGGAGGGAGAACGGGAGGAGAGAUGGGAGCGGUGGUCUGCAGCAGUGGCGACUGGAGGGAGGUAUGAAGAGGGGGGUUGGGCAAGGGAUGGGGGAGGGCAUGCGUCGAAAAGUAGGGCAGAGGGAGCAUUGGUAGGUAAUGGAAAGGGUGGGGGAGUGGGUGGAGACGAAGAGGGAGAGGGGGUGACGGAGGGAGGAGUGGAGAGAGUGGAUGGAGCACUUGGGUGUAGGGAAGAGGGAGGGGGGGAGAAGGGGGGGAUGGGAGAGGGGAGGGCUAUGGUUGAAGGCAGGGCAGUGGGGGAAGGGGAUGAUGUAGAUGAAGGGAGGAUGUAUGGGGUAUGGCAUGGGAGCAUGGAGGAGAGAGAAAGCAGGAUGCUGUAUUCGCAUGUGCGUCAGCAGCAGCGACAUGAACAAGAAGAACAACAGCAGCAGCAGGAGGGGGAGAAGGAGGAGAAAGAGGAGGGACAGCAGCAGGAGCAGCAGCAGGAGGGGGAGAAGGAGGAGAAAGCAGAGCAACAGCAGCAUCAGCAUGUAGAUAAGACUAGUUCGUUUAGCUCAGCCGCUGCUGCUGCCCCUGAUCCUUCUGCUUCUGCAGCUUCAGGUGACAAGAACGGCACGAGUGGGAUAAAUGGAGGCAAGGCGAGGUUGAGUGGAAAAGAGAGGGUGAGUGGAAGAGAGAAGAUGAGUGGAAACGAGGAGUCAAGUGGAAAGGAAGGACGAGGUGAGAGAAGUGAGAGUGAAGCUCAAAAGCAGAAAGCUGGGGGAGAGAAUUCCAAGGCAGGAGACGAGGUGGGGGAGUGGGGGAACGGAAAAGGGAGCGGGCGAGGUACGGCUGGUGUGUGCAUGUCUGUGAGGGAUACAGGACAGGCGGCGACCCACAAAGCACAUGAGUCUGGGGAGGAUACCGGACAGGGGAGGCAUGAGAGGCACGAAGGCCUUGCCCAGCCGCAGCAAGAGCGACUCGCACCACAAGAGCAGGAGCAUGCGCAGCAGCAGCAGCAGCAGCAGCAGCAGCAGCAGCAGCAGCAGCAUCAGCAAGAACAGCAGCAGCAGGAUGUGAAGGAGCAGGAGCAAAAAUUGCCAAUGCUGGAUGAGCCUGUAGGAGUGGUGGGGACACACGAGUCGGCUGACAGAAGCAGCCUUGCACCACGUGCUGCUGCUGCUGCUGCUGCUGAUUGUGGCACCAACGUUGUUGUUGCUGCUGCUGCUGCCGAUGCUGAUUCCUCUGCUGCUGCACCUCCUGCUGCUGCAUUCGAUGGUGCCGGCUGUGCUGGUGCUGGUGGUUGUGGUGCAGCGGAAACACAAGGACCCAGUGGUGCUAGCACUAGUGAGGCCCGGCUGCAUUUACCCAACAGCACCACCCUUACUGUCGCUUUGCCCUCUGCUGCACUUAUGGAGGACGCUAGGGACGGUGUGAAGGACGGUGUGAAGGAGUUGAGAGUGGUUGAGGGGUUGGGCGGUGCCGGGACAGGAGAGGAGGAAACUGUUGGUGGUGCCGCUGCUGCUAAUGGUGGCGAGUGUAUGGGUGAGGGAAGGAGAAGUGAGGGAAGAGGAGAGGGAAUAAGUGAGGGCGGAGGAGAGGGAGGAGGUGAGGGAGGAGACGGAGGAAGAGGGGGAGGAGGUGAAGGAGGAGAGCGAGGAACAGAUGGAGGAGAGGGAGGAGAGCGAGGAGAGCGAGGAAGAGUGGGAGGAGAGGAAGGAGGAGUGGGAAGAGGGGAGGGAAGUGGAAAGAGAGGGGGAGAAGGAAGUGGAAAGGGAGGGGGAGAGGGAAGGAGACGGGUAGGGAGUGGAGGCGAGGGAGAAAAGGGAGGCAGCAAUCCAAACAGCAGCAGUAAUGAAGGGAGUAGAAUGCAUAGGAAUGCAGAGAGUGUGAGCGAGGUGAAGAAAUCUUGUGAUUCGACUGCUGUGCCUGCUGCUGUGACAGGUAUUGUUGCUGGUGCUGCCAGUGGUGCUUACGACACUGGUGGCAAUGCCGUUGCGGCUGCAAAGGUCUCUCACCGUGUUCCUAACCCUCACCAUGCCGCCUCUGCCUCUCGUCCCACCUCUGCGGCCUCUCCUGUUCGUCCUGAGGCAGCAUGGGGAACGGAAAGGGGGGUUUUGGGAGAGGAGAAACGAUCCGGAGUUGUGAUGGACAGGCGGAGAAGCGAAGGCGGGGGGCAUGGGGAGUGGCAGAGAGGACUGGAGGGGAAGAAGGAACGGGACGAGGAGAGUAAAAGGGAGGUGGGGAGGGAAGGUGGGGUGGUGAGGGAGGGGAGGGUGGAAAAGGGGGGGAGGGUGGAAAAGGGGGGGAGGGUGGAUGGGAGUGUUGAAUUGGAGGAAGAGUGGGGAUUGAGAAGAGGAAGGGACGAGAAGCGUGCUAAGGGUUCGGGUGAGGCUAAGAGAGACAGGGAUGGGGGAAGAGAAUGGGAAGGGGGGAUGAGAGAAGGGAAGGCAGGGGAAAGGAGAGCGGAAGGGAAGGGGGAAAGGAGAGGAGAAAAGCGGGGGGAAAAGCGUGGGAGGUUUGGGGGGAUUGUGCUGGGAAGGGUGGGGUCACGAGAGGGAGGUUUGGAAGAGGAGGAAAAGAAGAGUAUGCAGGAGAAUGUGAGGAGGGAGAGUGAAGAUGGUCGGGAGCGAGGCGAUGGUGACGGGAAGCAAAAGAGAAUCAAAGAGUCACCUGGCGAGUCUGCUUUUGAUGGUGGUGGUAGGGGUGGUGGUGGUGGUGCUGCUGCUGCUGCUGUUGGUGAUGGCUUUGCUGGUAAUGAUGGUAGUAAGAAGGGAAAGCUAGUGGAGGUUAAGGGGAGGGCAGAGGAGAGGGGAGAUGGGUUUGGAGGAGCAAGAGGUAUGGAACGAGAUGUGGCAAGCACAGGUAGGGGAGGAUGCGUGGGAGAGGGAGGGGAAGCGAGAAGAGGUGGAAGAGGAGAGGUGGAAAGAGGAGAGGGAGUUAGGAGAGAGGGGGAACGAGGAGAGAGAGGAAGGAGGGAGGGGGAAAGAAAAGAGGGAGGUAAAAGAGAGGGGGAAAGAGCAGCGGGGGGUAGAAGAGAGGGGGAAAGAGGAGAGGGAGGUAGAAGAGAGGGGGAAAGAGGAGAGGGAGGAAGGAGGGAGGGGGAAAGAGGAGAGGGAGGUAGAAGAGAGGGGGAAAGAGGAGAAGAAGGAAGGAGGGAGGGCGAAAGAAGAGAGGGAGGAAGGAGGGGGGAGGAAAGAGGAGAGGUAGGAAGGAGGGAGGGGGAAAGAGGAGAGGGAGGAAGAAGAGAGGGGGAAAGAGGAGUGGUAGGAACGAAAGUGGGGAGAAAGGGAGAGGGAGGAAGGAGAGAGGGGGAGAGAGGAGAGGGAGCAAGGAGAGAGGGGGAGAGAGGAGAGGGAGGAAGGAGAGAGGGGGAGAGAGGAGAGGGAGGAAGGAGAGAUGGGGAAAGAGGAGAUGGAGGAAGGAGAGAGGGAGGAAGAAGAGAGGGGGAGAGAGGAGAGGGAGCAAGAAGGGAGGGGGAAACAAGAGAGGGAGGAAAAAGAGAAGGGGAAAGAGGAGGGGUGUGGAAAGGACGAGGAGAGGUAGGAAAAGGAGAUGGGGGAAAAGCAGAGGAUGCAAUGGGCGAGGGAGGAAAGGAAGGGGGCGAGGGAGGAAGGGAAGGGGGAGAGGGAGGAAGGGAAGGAGGAGAGGAAGAAAGGGGAGAGUUAGAGGGAGGAAUGGUAGGGGCAGGUGCAGUGGGGAAGAGGAGCAGAAGCAGGAGCAGGCAUGAGUUACACGUUGGGGUAAGGGAGGGUGGGUCACCGGGGACUCUAUUUCGACUUGAAGUGCCUCGCAGGAAGAGGAGGAGGACGGUUCGGAACGGUUGCAGCAGCGGCAGCAGAGGUGCUGAGGAGGGAGGGCUGGUGGGCGGAGGGGAGGGUAGGGGCGGAGAGGAGGGAGGCAGUAGCAGCAGGGAUGGAGAGGCGGAUGGUUGGAGGAGUGGGGGGUUGAGAGGCGUGGAGGAGAAGAGGAUGAGAGUGGGGGUGGAUGUUAAGUUGGAGAUAGAGGGAGGGGUGACGGUGGAAGGGAGUGUGAGUGUGGAGGGUAUGGGGGAGGUGGUUGGUAGUGUGGCUGUUCUGGGUUCUGGUGCUUCUGCUGGUGCUGCUGGUGCUGCUGUGAGGUCAAGUUUCUACUCUCGAGAAACUGAGGAGGAGAGCGAGGAGGAGGAGGUGGAGGAGGAAGAGGAGGAGAGUGAGGGGGUUCAGGGGGCUGGGAGCAGGGUAGACGACAGGCAUUUGCUGUUGCGUGCGUAUGGCGAUGGCGCAAACGACAGCGAUGGAGGGAGGGGUGAGGACAAGGACGAGAAAGAGGAAAAGGAGGAAGAAGAAGAGGAAGAGGAGGAAGAGGAAGAGGAUGCGGAUGCGGGCAGUGAUGAUUGGUUCAGCCCCAGUGAGGAGCCGACAGGGCGCAUGGAUAGAGGCAUGGGGAGGGGGGGCUCGGGCAGGGGACGAGGCAGGGGGAGGAAGGACAGGCGCGGAGGAGGGAGCGGUGGGAGGGGGUCCAGAGGGAUGUCUGGUGGUGGGGAUGGUAUUGGGAAGGUUAGCGGAGAGGAUGGGAGUGUAGCAUGGGGGAAAGUAGGUGGUGGUGGUGUAGGUAGAAGUGGGGGAGGUGGUGGGAGGAGAGUAGGUGUGGGGGAGAGUGGGGUAGUGGUGGGAGGUGGGAGGGAGAUGGUGGGUUGGGCGCGAGGGAGGCGGACAGUGGUUGUGAACAGGGUAAAGGGACGUCUGGGUGAGGAGAGGGAAGCCGAGGGGCGAGGAAAGGAGGGGAGAGGGGGGCGGGAAGGGGAAGGGGAGGUGGAAGCGGAGGUUGAAGGUGGGAGGAAGGGUGAGGAGGAAUGGGGAGGGGGGUUGCAGAGGGUGGAGAUGGGUGUGGAGGGGUGGGGCGGGAGGCAGCAGCAGGAGGGGGCCGGUGUGCAUGGAGUGACUAGGGUGAGAUCAGGUGGGGUGAAGAGCAGCAAGUGGGGUCGCAAGUAG